UUCCUUCGCAAACAACUUUUACGUUCGUUCUGUGCGGUUUUGUGGUCGUUUUUUGUGCACUUCUGAGGACAACGCCUCGGUGAUGAGUCAGAGAUAAGCCGAGUCGUUGUGGGAACGCGUAAAAUUCUUAGAAUCCAUUGAAGGAGAGCCCGGAAACGGGGUGUAGCUUGAAGAUAACUCAGCACAGUGCAGCAGCAUAGAUGUUGCCGAAACACAGCAAAAUGCCAGCGAUAAAGGAUAGCCAUAUCGUGAAGAUUGCGGUCGAGUUCGUGAACGAUACGCAGAUGUAUCCGCAGCUGAUCGAGUUCGACCAGCGGCAACCACUGAGCGCAAUCAUUCAGAACCUGUGCAGUACCUGGGGCAUCCUGGACGCGGAGAACUACGCCCUGCAGUUCGAUGGCAUUACCUACGUCACGGAGAAGAACCGGCACGAGGUGAAGAACGGGACGGUGCUGAAGUUACGCUUUUCGCCCUCGAAAACGACCAACGAUAUUUUGGACAAGCUGAAACGCGGCACACACGACGAGAAGGUGGCGGUACUGAAGGAGCUGCAAGUGCUAAGUGCGGACAAUACCUUUGCGCUCGAGUUCAUCAAGGAGCAGGGUUUGAGUUUGAUCAUCGAUCUGAUUGAGGAGUCGAAGAGUGAGGAUCGCCUCCUGGAGUACGCCCUGUGCUCUUUCGUACAGCUGAUGGAGCACGGAACAAUUUCGUGGGAUAUUUUGGAGCAUUCGUUCAUCAUGCACAACGUGGCGUUCAUCACCGGGUCGUCGAAGCCGGAAAUCAUCCAAUCUGCACUAUCUAUAUUGGAAAACAUUGUGCAAAGCAGCAACAAGUACGCACUGGUUGAGAAGGAAAUCACCUUGGAAACGCUUCUGAAGCUCUUGCGCGACGCUGCCCGGACGCAGGUGCAGCAGAACGCAAUUGCACUGCUGAAUGCGCUGUUCAUCAAAGCAGACGAUGUGAAGCGUCGUGUUCUAGCAACGACGCUCGGUUCGAAGCAAUACCGUAGUGUCAUCAACAGUGUCAUCACGCCCACGAUGGGCGCUGAAAUGGCGCACCAGCUGUAUGUGCUGCAAACGCUCACGCUGGGCUUGCUCGAGCAACGUAUGAAGACCCCGAUGGACGUGCAGGAUCAGGAUGCGCAGGACAAGAUCAAGGAAUUGCGACGGAUUGCUUUCGAAGCGGACGGUAUCGAUCCGGACGUGACGGCUCGCCGUCAACAUGGUUCGUCCUACUCGAGCCACUACAAGAAGUUGGGCUUCAAGUGUGACAUCAAUCCGGCACAAGAUUUUUUCGAAACUCCGCCGGGAACUCUAGCGCUCGACUGUAUGAUCUACUUCGCGCGAAAUUAUACCCAAAACUACACAAAGGUGGUGCACGAGAACAGCUGCCGGGCGGACGAACACGAGUGCCCGUUCGGGCGCACCAGCAUCGAGCUGGUGAAGGUUCUGUGUGACAUCUUCCGCAUCGGCGAGUCACCGUCGGAGCAGGGGCAGGAGUUUUACCCCAUGUUCUUCACCCACGAUCAUCCAUUCGAGGAGUUCUUCUGCAUCUGCAUCGUGGUGCUGAACAAAACGUGGAAGGAUAUGCGUGCUACCACCGAGGACUUUGUGAAGGUCUUCUCGGUCGUGCGGGAACAGAUCGUACGCAGUAUCGUUGGUAGGCCGGCAAGCCUGGAGGAUUUUAAGUCGAAAAUUCAUACCUUCACGUACAACACGAUCACGUCGCUACGACAACAGGAACGGACGUCGCGCGAAGAAUGCGAAUCGACAGCGUCGGCCAUCGUGAGCCUGAAGGAGAAGAUAACGCCGGAAAUCCGAGCGCUCAUCAAGGAGCAACGGCUUGGGUAUUUGAUCGUCGGUACGCGCUUCUGCAAGUACUCGGGUGGGAAGCGCGAGCGGGAUAAGUAUUGGUACGUGCGCCUAUCGCCGAACCACAAAGUGAUCCACUAUGGGGACUGUGACGAAAAGACGGUCCCGACGUUGGAGGAACUGUCGAACAAGUUGGCCGUGAUCGACAUCCGCCAGAUGCUGGUCGGCAAGGAGUGUCCGCACAUGAAGGAAAUGCGCUCGAAGAAGGCCUCCACGCCGCUCGGGUUUUCUCUGGUGCCCGAGAGCAGCGAGCAAACGACGCUCGACUUUAUCGCACCGGAUGAGGCAACGUUUAACUACUGGACGGACGGGAUCAACGCACUGCUCGGUCAGCCGAUGGCGAGCAAGCAGCAGGAGGAGGACUUCGAGACGCUACUUUCGAUGGAGAUUAAGCUGCGACUGCUCGACACCGAGGGAGUGGACAUUUCGAAGGACCCCCCGGCGAUACCACCGGAACCGGAAAAUUACGACUUUUGUUUCGACAGCUAAACGGCACGAGGGAAUGGCCAAAACGAUGAACAAUAACUCACGACAUUUUAUUUACGACAUUUAAACCAAAGUUAUCAUCGAGAGGAAGCGUAAAAGAAUCGGGCAUUUUAAGCCUUAGUCAAAAAAAGUUUAUCCUUUUACAUUUCGAGUCUCCAAAAGUUAAUGAGGGAAGUAAUGUUUAUUUUUGUAUCUUUAAAUCGUCAUUCUCACGAGCAAUACUUAGGGAAUUUAAUAGAUUUUUUUAAAAUUCAUAAACAAUAUGAUAAAGGGAGCAAUUGUUUUGGAACAUAAGUUGAUGUAGACAACAAACCGAAAAAAAACGUACCGAAGCGUUGCAUGCACAAAAGCGAAAAAAGCAAUUUAAGUUGGUAUGCAUAAGUUGAUAGGAAACCAAAUAUUCCACGCACUGUGUGUUUGCAAUGUAAUACUUCAGCAUUUUAUUUUUACAGUGUUCAAUGUGCCCAGUAUCUCGUUAACCGCUUUCCGAUAAAUUGUGCUGCCGUAUUAUCUACAGCCUCAGUAUGUAGUAUCCCAAUUCCUAAUGUUUUUCCUCUUCCUUACAUUCUCGAGGCGAGCUGGCCAACAUUUGCAAAAUUGCAAGCCAAUUAAGUAGCGUAGUUUUUUUGUGGAAUUGUAUCGUAAUAUUGAGGAUACGUGCUUUCUUUAGCAUAAAUAUGAGCAUAAGUAAGAAGAUGGAAAAACUGUACGGAUAUAUAAAAAUAAAACCUAUAUGCGCAAACCAUUUUUUUAU